CGAUAGUAGCCUUUAGCCUAGCUAUGAAACCCUGCUACAGCUAAACCUAGCUGGCGAACACUUAGCGCCUACGGUUAACUGUAUAGCUAAUUUACUAUAGCUGUUAAACAUAACCAGAUCAAAUGGUUUAUGAGACUGCGCAGCCAUGGGUGACAUGAAAACCCCAGAUUUUGAUGAUCUUCUGGCUGCCUUUGACAUCCCAGAUGCCACAGGGUUGGAUGCCAAAGAGCCCAUCCAGGGGAGUCAUGAGGAGACAGAGAGUCAGCUGAAGCACGUGGGGAUCUGUCUGGAUGACAGCUUAUUGAGUAACCAAGCUGCCACAACAUCAGAUAUUCCUGCUGUUAGUGUUAUUGUGAAAAACACGAGUCGCCAGGAGUCGCUAGAAGGUUUUGGUGAUCGGCUUCACUCAGGAUCAGCAUUGUUAAAUGGAUUCAGUGGACAAGAGACCUCCAUUGAUUCUGUUGAGACAACCAACACUGGCUUCUCUAAAUCAUUUGUUUCUGCUUUGAAUGGGGAGAGUUCAAGAGAGCUUCUCGGAAAGGCACCUAUUCAGCACAAACCUGAUGGAGCACCAAUAUUUUCCCAGUCACUUUCUCAUUUUAGCCCCAUUUCCAGUCCUGAGUCUGAAGAUACUCAGUGUAGUACAGAUGAAGUGCAUCCAAAACAAGAGAGACCCUGUUUCCCAGAAGCUUCAGUUUUGGUGGAGACUUCAGUCCCAGACAAUCCAAAAAAACUGGACCUCAGCAUGUUUGAUGAAUGCAGAGCAGACUCUGACGUUCACAAGAACACUCAAAGGAGCAGAGCAGAAAGUAGUAGAAGCGAGGAGCCCUCUGACAUCUGUGUCAGUAAUGAAAUGGAUACAACACCUAGAGAACACAGUGCACUUCCACCACCAAGUGGUAACCAGAACUUAAUUGAGACCAACUGCAAUUCAGGAGCCACAAUGAAUGUUCCCACCUCUUAUCCACAUGUCAGAUCUCAGACUUCUAAAUUAUCCUCUUGCCUUGAGGCUUUGGUGGCUCUAAAUGCUAGAAAAGAUCCCAGUGAGCAAAAUAAUCCCAGAGAGACAUCAGCAGUUCAGAGUGACUGCAUGAAAGUUAGCCCCAAGGUGCCCAUAUCCCCACGAAGCCCCAGAAGUCCUCUUGAAGCUGUGAAACGGUUAAUGAGACCUUCUGAUAGCCCUGUAAGCAUCUGCAGUGAUAGUAGUGGAAAAGCAUCCCCAGCAGUGGCAUCUGGGUCACCCCCUGCUAUACCCAGGGUCAGAAUUAAGACCAUCAAAACCAAAUAUGGUCAGAUCAAGCGCACCGUCACCAGUGUGCUGCCUGAUUCUGAAACAGAUGAAGUUCAUUCUACUUAUGAAUCCUCUCCAUCGCAGAGUAUGAUUAGUGAAGACUCUUACUGCAAUAUGUCUCCUCAUCAGUCUCAAAGUGCGGCUGUUGACACCAUUGUUGGAAUACAGAAUAAAGGCACUCCAGCUAGUGCAUCUUCACCAAAAGUUUUACACAACAAAUCAGAAGCAAACUCCAGGAGGUCAGGCACAACACAGUCCGCAACAGUAUUUCAUAAUGCUAGUGGUCCUGUCAAAAGAUCUGUUGCACAUCAGGGGCAGAAACCAAAGAGAGUGUCAGCCACAACAGGCCAAACAACUAGCACAAACUUCCUGCCAAAAGCAAUGCACUUAGCUAGUUUGAACCUGGUCCCUCACAGUGUUGCUGCUUCAGUAGCUGCACGGUCCACCUCUCAUCAACAAAGUCAGCACACACUGUCCUCUACGGUGUACAGUACAGUCCCAUUGGUGCAUCAAGUCAAAUCAGCCAACUCUUAUCCUCGCACGUCCAUUCCUAACACAGCAGCAGGAACCUUGAACAGACUGUUGAACAAUGCCAACCCUGUGCCUACCUAUGUGCCCAACCUAAACCCCCCUCCGGAGAGCAAUAUCAACCUUCCACCACGUGGGUACUGCUGCCUCGAGUGUGGGGACUCCUUUGGAGUGGAGAGGAGUCUUGUGUAUCAUUACAGCAGGAGGAGCGUUCACAUUGAAGUGGGAUGUACACACUGUGCGAAGACCAUGGUGUUUUUCAACAAGUGUGCUUUGUUGGCACAUGCCCGGGAGCACAAGAACAAUGGCAUGGUGAUGCAGUGCACACAGCUCUAUAUGAAACCCAUAGCAGAGGAACAAAUGUUUGUACCCCUGAGCACUGAACCUGUGAAUACAGACUCUUACGCCUCGCCGUCACCCACACCUAAAAGCCAACCUGUCCUGCCCUUAUAUCCAGACAGCUUCGUUCGCCACCGACUCCGAUGCCUGGAGUGUAACAAUCAGUUACCUGACUACAAAGCACUUGCAGGCCAUUACCAAAGGCCGUCAGAAGAUGUGGAAGGACUUAUGUGUAAGGUGUGCUCUAUGUUGUUACCCAACAAGUGCAGCUUCAGAGCUCACCAGCGUAUUCAUGCGCACAAGUCCCCAUACUGCUGUCCUGAGUGUGGUGCCCAGAGUCGCUCUGCGGAUAUACAGAAACACGUCAAGGAAAACUGUCUGCACUACGCACGCAAGGCUUGGUACAAAUGUCUUCACUGUGAUAUGGUUUUCAAGACCCUUCAAGGACAAAAGACUCACAUUGAAGAGAAACACUGUGAGGUCUUAUACAAGUGCUCCAUCUGUCCAGUUGCCUUCAAGACCUCUGACAGCUGUGAAGUUCACUUGAAAAAUAAACACAACGCUAGCAAAGUAUCCCCUCAGUUAAUCUUUAAGUGUUCAUGUGAGACCAUUUUCAAGAAGAAGCAGUUACUGUUUCAGCAUUUCCAUCAGAAUGCCAACAAGCGUGUUACCUGUGUAUUCAAGUGUCCAGAAUGCAACUCAGUCUUUCCACAAAAGCACCUGUUAAUGCAGCACUUCAAGGGUGUGCACGUAGGAAACAUGACAGCAGAGGCAGAGAAGAACAGUAGAAAAUCUGAUAAGACUGACUGGUACCAGGAUUCCCAUUCCGUCCAACAGCAGAGGAGUCACACUCCUGUUAAACACACAGAUAGUCCCAGAAAAAAGGCUGAGCAGGAUGGCAGACCUCGUGUGAAGCCCACCGGCUGGACGUGUGGGGAAUGUCUUCAGUGGUUUCCUGAAAGAGACUCCUUUGUUUCUCAUGUGAAGACCAAACACGGGAAGUCAAUGAAGAAGUAUCCAUGUCGACACUGUGAGCAGUCUUUCAACUCUACAACCAGUCUGAGAAGACAUAUUCGCAAUGACCACGCCGGGAAAAAGAAAAAUUACUCUUGUUGGUAUUGCACAGAUACGAAGACAAUAUUCACGACAAGUGUGAUGUUGAAGAACCACAUCAGUCUAAUGCAUGGAAUCAAAAAUCCUGAUCUUGGCCAAAUGCCGAAAACAGUCAUCCAGGAGUCAAAAAAGGCUUUGGGCAAGGGAUCAGAAAGACCUGCUGUUGGCACUCAGAGGGAGGGGCAGGAUCGCGCUGAGAGUCUGGAGGCUCCGUCACCGAAGCGUCUGAAAACUCAGUUCCGCUGUUCAAAGUGUGGUUUCAUCACAGACGACAGUACACAGUUCCAGCAGCAUAUACCUCAGCAUAAAACUGAUGAAAACACUCCUCAGUGCCUUCACUGUGGCCUGUGUUUCACAUCGGUGCUGUCUCUCAACAGACAUCUUUUUAUUGUACACAAAGUCAAAGAUCCCGAAGAAGGGGAGACGAAAGAAGAAGAAGAGGAGGAGGAGGCAGGGGAUACAGAGAAGGAGCAGGAUAAUCAGCCAGUUAGGUCAGCAGAGACUGAUCAGGUAAAUAAUUUGUUACCAGAGCUAAAUGAAACUGAGCCCUCACAGGCAGAAGAACCAGCCAGUCUGCACUGUGUCAAAACCACGGACUGUAAUUUAAAACUGAGCGCUCACUGUCAGACAAAAACGGUCUCUCUCCGGUAGUGAGAGACGCCUCAACUCCUUUUUGAUGUUGCUGUAGUGUCUUCAGUUUCCAUGUGAAGGUGACCAAGGGCGCUUGACGUUAUACGUGGAGGUGGUACAGAGCGAUUGGACCUUUUGACAUUUCACUCAAGUUAUUCAGAGGCCAUGCAGUAUAUUCAAGCAGAUCCUAAACAUUUAACAAAAAACAGUAUUUUCAUAAAUGAGAAGACAAAUUAAUAUUCAUAUUUCAACUAUUUUUUAUUUAACUUUGCAUGUUGGUAAUAUAUUCAUUUUGACAUAACUGCACACAUAUUACAGCUGAAGCUUUUUUCUUUCUAUUUCCUUUCUUUUUUUUUUUUUCCAUCCACCCUGAUGGGGAGUCUCAGGAACGUCAGUUUUUAGGUCUGGUUUUGAUUGGGUGAUGGGGUGGAUUUCCGCCUUUGUAACCAACAGUAAAUUUAAACUGUUUAAAUUUUGUCUUAAGUAUUUAAUGCUACACACUAUUACCUGAAUGGGAUUCAGGUUUAAGUUUUUAUGUGGACUGUGUUGCAGUUAUUUUGCAGUACAAAACUAGAAAUGUAGUCGCCAUUUAUUACAAAACAUACUUCAGUAUUCAUUUAAAAGCAGUAUUUCUGCAUUUAUGGUAAAGAGUUAUUUUCAAAAAGUAUCCUGUAAAAUCACUUACAGGACUUGCUAAGCAAAGCCUACUGAAGUUAGGCUACACAUUAGAGCAAAAGUUGACUCUUCAAGCAUUCUGAAGUGCUUUUGUCUUUACGUUUAUUGAACGUAUUUGAUUGGUGGGUGUAUGUGUUGUCCCAGAUCUGGCCCUUUUUUCUUUUUUUUUUUAAACACGUUUUUUUUUUUUUUUUUCUUUGAAUGAGCAUUCAGGAGAAACAUGGAGAGGUAUUGGAUGUGUGGUGCAGCAGUAUUGAAAAUACCUCAAUUUGCCAGAAGUGUAUUUUUCAGGCAAGUGAACGGUCAAUGUUAUGUCAAAUCAGGGUACAUUGUUUUGGAUAAUCCAGAGAAGGUAUGAAAGUGAAGUUUGACGGCUUAUUGGAGAUAAUGUUUUAGAAAUCAGGACCUGUUGAUAUGAAGUCGUUCAUAAGGAAAAAAUAAAAGCAUAGGAAUUUCUUACAUUUAUGAUGACUUCAGAGGAAAGAAGCAUCUCAGAUAAGCACUUGUAAUGGUGGCUCCUUCUCACUCGCAGGUCCUGAUUUGUAAAGCAGCACCUCUUGUUUUGUAAUGAAUACAUGACAGUUCCUACCUCCAUGGUAAAUGGCAGUGAUUGUUAAACGUUGAGAGGCUUUGAAGAGUUGCAGGUAAUCUCAGUGCAAUGUAAAAAAAAUAUAUAUAUAAAAUAUGUAUAAUCCCACAUUAUUAAAUUUUAUAAAUUAUUUUGGGAAUGAUAAUAAGGCUAUAUGGUCAUAUUGACUUAACUGACAAGUGAACUUUUCUAUGUAAGUGCUAUAUGAGCUCUUUAUUUCUCUGUAGUCCUUAAAUCACCACACUGCAGCUGUGAGUCUGCAGAGGCUGGAAAGAAUGACUUGUUCACAACUUGUUCUUUUGUAAUGCUUGUUGACAGAUUUGUACUUUUGAUACUGUGUUCAGUGAGGACUUGUAUAGGAAAGUAACCUGUGUACAUACAGUAGCCGAUGACACCCGGAUUCACAGCAUUUCUUAAGCCAUUACAUCUAUUCAGCAUGCAGUGGCCCAUGUGCCUUGCUGUUAUGUUUACGUAAAGUACUUACAAAUAAAUCGGUGCAUUUAAUUAUAUAUCUGCUUUGUGUUUUAUCUUGUGUUACAGGCUGGUUUCUGACUGGUGGAGAGGAAAGUAUUUAAUGGUAUUUGGAUGUGAUAAUUAGUGGUUUAGCAUUGAGGUCACGUAUUUUACAAUCGUCAUAGCAAGUCAAAACAGCACAAGGCACUCUAAUGUGCAUCAUGCAUCCAAUAAGAA